GCUGCUGCUGCUGUCUCCGCUAUAGUCCGCCAUCGCUGCUCUUCUCGGACUCGCCGGCAGAUGUCGCCCGGUCUCCUUGAGGCGUCGCGCGCUGUUUACACAAGAAGAAGAACAUGGAGGAAAAGUGACAGCACGGUUAGUGUCGAACAAUGAACCAGUCAACAUGGGGCAGACACUGUGUUUAUGCUCCCGCGGCUCCAUCACCAUCGAUAACAAGAAAUAUUACUUCGUCCAAAAACUAGAUGAAGGUGGGUUCAGUUAUGUGGACCUGGUUGAGGGGGUAAAGGAUGGGCGCUUCUAUGCCCUGAAGAGGAUUCUGUGCCAUGACCGCGAAGGCCGCCAGGAGGCUCAGACUGAAAUGGAGAUGCAUCACAAGUUUAAUCACUCCAACAUCUUGAGCCUGGUUGCCCACACCUUUGUUGAUCGUGGAGGAAAGAGUGAAGCCUGGUUACUUCUGCCUUAUAUCAGUAAAGGCAGUUUGUGGUCCGUUCUGGAAAAGCUAAGAGACAAGGGGAGCUCAAUGCCUGAAAAACAGAUUUUGCAAAUUUUUCGUGGCAUCUGCACUGGACUCAAGGCCAUUCAUGAAAAAGGUUACGCACACAGAGAUCUGAAGCCCACGAAUGUGCUUCUGGAUGAGGAUGACAGGCCAGUUCUAAUGGACCUGGGCUCUAUGAACCGGGCCAGGAUUGAGGUUAAAGGCACCCGAGAAGCCAUGACCAUACAGGACUGGGCAGCCCAGCGUUGCACCAUUUCCUACAGGGCUCCUGAACUCUUCAAUGUAGAGAGCCACUGCAUCAUAGAUGAGCGCACUGAUAUCUGGUCACUUGGCUGUGUGCUUUACUGCAUGAUGAUGUUGGAGGGACCAUAUGACCUGGUGUUUCAGAAGGGAGACAGUGUUGCCCUUGCUGUCCAGAAUCCAGUGACCAUCCCACAGUCUUGCAGUUACUCUGAGGGCCUGCAGGUGCUGCUGAGCUCCAUAAUGGUGUCAAACCCCCAGGAGAGACCAAACAUCAGCUGGGUUCUCGACCAGGUACAGGACCUGCAGAGUCGCAGCCCCAACACCCAAACCAACAUGGUCUGAUGUCGCACAGUUUAUUAGAUUUGGGCCCUUUGCACACAUAAAUGAAUGCAUUUUAUUUUUAGCUUGUAAAAAACAUUAUUAUUUAUUGACUUUAAUGUUAACGCUCUUUGGUACAGACUCUCACUCAGCUUGGGGAACUUGGCAACAGGCCGAUCCAUCCUGGACUCUUGUAUUCCUCACAGAUUUACCAAAAACAUCUGAAUGGCCUUAAAUGUAGUUUGGACAAUGUGAAAGGUUUGCUUCUGAUAAUGUAGUGGCUUUACCUUUCAUUGUCAAAGGGACGGUUUGACCGGGUGAAAAUUCUACUUUCCUCGAAGGUUACAUGAGAAGAUAGAUAACAGUCUCACGUCGGUCAUUCAGUGUGAGGCUGGAGCCAACAGCCUGUGAGCUAAGCUAAUCACAUUUUAGCAUAAAGAUUAUAAGAAUGAUCACGUUCCGUAUCUUGUGGAGUUAACCUGUACAAAACACACAAUAUUAAAAUGACAUGUUGUUAAUGGUUCAAAGGGAUGCUUAUAUGCAGAGCCCAGACAAUAUGGAGGAUGGGAUUCUGUGGGCUGAUGCUGAUAUUAGGGAGUCAAAUCCAAAUUUACAAUGAUUCCUAAAAUAAGGUUAACAAACCCUUAUGACAAAAUUUUACUUGAGGCUUGAUAAUUGACAGUUUAACCAUAGAUUUUAUUUUAUUUUAACUUCAAUUAAGCAAUUAAACUGAUUAUUUUACGAAGAAUGUAAAUGCACAUCUUUACUGCAUUGUUUACUAUGAAAGGCUCAUAUUGGCUGAACUUCUACUGUAUUUCUAUUACAGAAACAUACAUCACAGUCUUAAAAGUUGUAGUUAUGGGGAAUUUUUUAAAAGGGAUAAAAGACAGAAGCCUCGGUCAUACCUUCCUGUGGACGAGGCUUCCUGAGUUCAAUACAUAUCAGAUUACAAUACCAACUAGGAAGAUGUUCCAAUUUCCUUUUAUUGUUUAUAUAAGUUUUGUGUGUGUAGCAUCAUGUAGUUGUUAUACUCAUCAAUGUCCUAAUUCUCCACACUAUCCCUCACACUGUGUCGGGUGGGGAGACUUUUAGAGGUGGUGUGCUCCUCGCCUGCAAUGCUGAGUUUGAACACAAAGUGGCGUUUCAGAACCACAGUCGCUGCCCCACAUACAGACGUGGCCAUGGACCAUGUUUCUGUCUCAACUGUUGGGAAUGUGCAAAUGGACUUUAAGUAAAACACAGCAAGGAAGUAUUUGCUUUCACCAAAAGAAAAGAAAAUCGAGGCAAAGAAAACAGAUGUUAAUGUUACACACCAAAACAACUCGUUCAACGCAAUACAGGUUUUUUAACACUGGCAGUCAAAGUCUUUGCCAUAGCAUUAUACCCCAAUUUUUACUUCACAUUUUGCUGUAAUGCGUUUUUUUAAUAGUUUAGUAUUUUCCAUUCCAGCUAUGCAUGUGUUUGAUUCUGGGAUCCUGUCGUUUGUAAGUGUGGUCUGACUCAUCUGUUCUCAGGGUUCACCCACAUCUCAGAGUCUGAUAGUCCUUCCUAGUCGACCUAAACGGUACCUUACCAAACUGCUAUGAAAUAAAU